AGCUAGGUGUUAGCAGUUGGCCGUCCUCAAGGAUCUCACAGCAAAACACAGGUGUAUGAUACAAACUUACAAUGCAGAAUCACUGUGUUGUGCCGAACUGCACUAGUGGCAAAUCCGACCCUCAGCCACUCUUCAGGUUUCCUCAUGAUCCAGAAAGGUCCAAGAAGUGGGUUGAAAAAUGCCAGAGGAAAGACCUUGUAGACAAAUCACCAGACCAGCUGCACAGAUAUUACAGAAUGUGUGGAAAGCAUUUCGAAACAUCUUCGAUCGACAGUGAUGCUCAGAGUACAGUGCUGAAGGAUGAUGCCGUACCAACUAUCUUUGACAUGCCAGGCCAGCCUCAGAAUGGACAAGUGAAGCGCAGUAAAGAGAUGACCAAAGAUGAUGAAACAGAGAGCAGGGGGCGGAAAAAAAUCAAGAAAUCUCAAGCAGACAUAACUAAGGAAGAUGUCCAGACAGUUCCAGAGGAAGAGGAAUGCAAAGAGUAUUUCAAGUCAUUGUUUGAAGUUCUUGUACUGCUGGGAGAGCAAAGCAUUCCUCCCACAGGGCCUGGUGACAGGAACCAGGAUGGUCUUGGGUCAAGCAACUUUCAGGCAUUGUUAGAAUAUCGCAUGAAUUGUGGAGAUGAAGUCCUAAAGAAGAGGUACGAUGUGAAUAAGGAGUGCUGCUCCUCAGCUCAGCUCAGUCAGUUGAUUGAGGUUUGUGAGAAGUACAUCCGCAGUAAGCUGGUGGAGGAAGUUAAACAAAAUGGCUUUUUCUCAUUACUUACUGAUGAUUUGGUGAAGAUCUCAGGAGAAUGGUACCUCCCUGUCUUCGUCCGCUUUGUGGACCAGUCUAACUGCCAGCGGGAGAGGUUUUUUGGAUUCUUGAACUUUGAAGGUGAUGGAGAUGCUCUGGCAGAGAAACUGCUGUCUGAAAUGAGUGACGAAUGGGGCUUGGAUAUGGAACAGUGUAGAGGUCAAGCCCACUCCUGCUCUGGGACACAUUUUAGUAAAGUAAAAACAUUUUCUGCCAAGCUGCUUGAGAAGUAUCCAAAGGCAGUGCUUACACUGAGAUCUACUCGUGCACUGAACGUGUCACUGGCCAAUGGUAUGGCUCUGUCGGGGGUUCAGCUUGUCAUGUCUACCUUUAAGAAGAUUGAGUCAUUCUUCGGUCAGUCCCAUUUACUGCAGUUGGAGAUGGAACAUGCUAUUUCAAUUUUCUACUCAGACAAAGAGGAGAAAGCCAGUGAACUGAAACAGAUCUGUCAUACUAGCUGGACCAGACGACAUGAUGCGUUUGAGGUGGCAGUGGAAAUCCUGGAGGCCCUACUGCUCUGUGUGGACAGUGUGCAUGACAACGAAGACAUGAGGUGGAACGAUCAAAUCACACACAAUGCCUUAGAGAUUUCAAAAGCACUAGCUGAUUUUGAGUUCAUCAUGGCGUUGGUCGUGCUGAAAAACGCAAUGACACUUACUCGAGCAUUUGGGAAGAACGUGCAAGGGAACGCACUGGAUGCUCAUUUUGCUGCAAACAGUUUAAAAGCUGUAAUGCACUCCCUGAAGGAAGUGUCUGACAACAUUGAUGUGUAUCAUGAGUUCUGGACAGACGAGGCUGUUAAUCUAGCUGCUGCGAUGGAGAUCCCGGUUAAGGUUCCUCGGUCGUUCUUGAGAAGGCAUCAGUCAGAAUGUGGAACCAUUCGGCCAGAGAAUUACUACAAGGACCACCUGUCUGUUCCUGUGGUGAACCACAUCAUCAAAGAAAUGAAUGAACUCUUCUGUGAGGACCACCUGAAGACUCUGAAGUGUCUGUCACUGGUCCCUGCCGUCACAGAGCAACAUAAGUCCACUGAACCUGAAGAGGAGUGCAUACAGGUGUUCAAAAAUUACAUCCCCAAUGCAGGAACCCUCUCUGCUGAGCUGCACUGUUGGUGGGUCAAAUGGAGCAAAAAAGGCAAAGGUGAAACUUUGCCCUCCAACCUCCAUGAAACACUGCACCUGGCUGAUGUGAAGUUCUUCCCAAACAUGCUUGCAGUCCUGAGGCUGAUCGGCAUCCUGCCUACCUUGGCUCUGGAGGACAGCUGCAAUGUGGCUUAUAAGCGCUUCAAGAUGUACAUGGAGAACACGCCUGACAAAUUCAAGUCAAAAAGUCUCGCUCUUUUGAACAUGAACUAUGAUGUUGGGUAUGAUCUGGAUUCAAUGGUUGAGGUCUACAUGAACACACACCCUGACAGCGGGGAGGUGAUGUGAGUCAAGUCAGUUGUGAUGUGGUAAUGAAACUUCUAAACAGAUUAUUCACAUCUUUGUUAAUGAGUGAUGUGCAGAUUGUGUAAUCUUAAUUUUGAGAUAAAGUUUUGUUUUGUUUUUUUUGUGAUAAAAAUGUAGAAUGCAGAACAUCUGGACAGCAAAGUGUCAUACCAGACAUCAUUAAUACUCUUAGAAGUGUGUGUGUGUGACCCAUGGAUCUGCUGACAUUUAAGGGGAUCAGCCAUAAAACCCUCCCUGAACAUGUAAAUAAACAGAUAGGCUCUUUGGUUAACCACCAAAUUAACCACCAUGUGUUGAGAUCUGUUUGUUUUCAGGUGCAUGAUGAGUUGGAAAUAAGGACAACGUAACCUGAGGCUUAAAGUUUCCUCCUGUAAAUAAAAGACCUUUCAUUU